AUGUCGACUAGAGUCGCUGCGCACAAGGAAGAAUGUUUUGCUCUCUCAGCAUGGCGCUUCUUCCUCACAUACACGGACGAUGACGGCGACGAGUUUAGCAUCAAGUCAGAGGACGACCUUACAGAGGCGAUUGCGUAUUUCGUCUCUGGGGAUGACGACCAUGGUGCAUCACCAGCUAUGGGAGCUGGGAUGGCCCUUCCUGCACCCAAGGUCGCGAUGCGCGUCGACGUGGUCGUCGAGUACGACGGCCCGAGUCUCAGUGACACGUCCAGUAUUGCCAGCUUCCCUUCGGAACGCAGCUAUAGCUCGCGCAGCGGCAGGUCCUACGAUUCGAGGAGCUACAGGUCACGAGCGUCGAGGAGUACUCGCGAUUCUCGCGGUGGUGCGGACGACACGUCUACGCUUGGACGCAGGAGUAUUGUCUCCGAUAUUAGCGAGGCGGUCGAUGACCACCUCGGCGCGUCCGAGGAGAACGACACGGCUGGACUCCCUUCGCCCAUGACACCGCGGCUGGCACCUUCCUCCGCCCGCGCGGCGGCGUCAGCGUACAGCGGCGGUGGCGCGCUCUCGCACCGCAUUUUCAACUCGAACCCCACCGCCUACGAGCACGAGUCACAGUACCGUGAACCGUACCGAGACGAGGGCCCGCCGUCGCUCCUCACAAGCUCCGAGUUGGGUUCUCGCUGGCUGCGCGAACAGAGCCAACUCGCUUCGCGCCUCCCAAGACUACGAAUCAGCGACAGGCAGUACGACAGUGACGAGAGCCUGAGCGACGAGGAGAGCCUGGGUGACAUUGCCCUUGUUCGCGACGCCCGUGGUCGCUACUAUUAUUCUUACCAGACCGAAACUCAGUCACAGUGGUCGCGCUCUGACGCCGAGUUUGACGCCCAGUCCAUCGCCGGGCCCAGCCGGUCCACCUCGUACAUGUCGGCCAACACGACUGCGAGACUGUCGCCACCCGAAUCACCCGAGUGGACCGAGGUCGCGCACACGCCAGAGCCAAUGGGUGCACCUAUUCUCGCUCCAGACUGUUCGGCGUGCGGAAUCCGCCUCGAGUACAUGCGAUACGCAUGCACCGCUUGCGGUGAGGGUGAUAUGUGGACUGUCAAUGCCGCCGGCAAGGCGCCCUUUGUACCGCCUCGCAUGCCAACCGAGAGCGACGACACAUCCUCCGAAGGUACGGCGGGAUGGGUGCGUGCGCGCUCCCACUCGAGCAAUACAAGCGGCACUACGAGCAUUCCCGACUCGAGCGCUGGCAGCCAGACGGUGUACACGUCGACCUACGGCCGCUCGCGCUCCGGGUCCAUCUCGACGAAUGCCAGUCGUACCAGUCUGGCAGUUACGAACGGCAGCGCCGCGUCCCCCACCUCUCCACACUUUCUCAGCUCGCUCGAUAUGAGCCCCUUUGACGAACGCCGCACACACGCUCCCCGAGGGUACGAGCUGUGUCCUGGCUGUAUCGAGGUGCACGGCAUUGCACACGCCAAGGCGGCGGCCAAAGCCGCCCGCGAAGACCGCGACGCGAAUGGACGGAGGAGGAAGCGGUCCAGGCUGCGCCACACCUUCCGCGAGAUGGUGUGGGGUGCGGAAGGUUGGAUCGAUGUUGGUGAGUUCCAAGCAAUGACCGCGGACCAGCUGACCCGUCAGAUUACGCCGAAGACUCGGAGUGUACAAUCUGCCGCAGCGUGUUAUUCCACAACCGCUUCAAAUGCGUAUCUUGUCCCAAAUUUGAUCUAUGCCGAUCUUAAAGUGGAAGAGAUCCAUCCCGUGCACGUCUUCCUGUCUCUACCGGAUAAACCGCUACCACAACUCACACCCCCGCCAUCGAAUGGCGGGCGAAGCGAUCGGGUCGGCGUCGAGACGCGUCCGGUGCGCCAUCCAGGAGCAUUCUGCCACAACUGUCUGCAAGAUAUUGUUGGACCGCGUUUCCACUGCGCUGUUUGUCCCUCAUGGGACUUGUGUAUCCAGUGUGAAGGUGUCAGCGCUCCCGGCGACGGUCAGCAUACUGCCGAUCACAUCAUGAUGAAGAUCCCGAUCCCGCUCGCCUCCGCCGAAGUGGAGGCAGUGUCCCGCCGUGCGCGCGACCGUUGGUUCCAACAGGACUCGUCCACCGUUGCCAGGUCGGCCAUGGGCACCGCCAUGGUGCCCGCUGCGCCGUCGCAGUCGUCGCGUUCAUCGUCCCCGACGAUCGACACCGAGACCGUGUACGCCGCCGAUAACCGCGGAACAGCGCCCAGCCAGGCUUCGGGGCGCGGCACACCGAGCACACUCCGCUCGCAUGCCACUGUCCUCACGGUAAGGGACGACCUGGACCACAAUGCCCGUUGCGCAAACUGCAACGAAUGGAUCAUGGGCAGACGGUACCACGACCAGAUCCGCGGGAUAUGGCUGAGGUGCACACACUGCGCUGCUGGAUUCGAUAUUUGCUCCGAGGCAGAGCAGGUGGCAGACCACGACGCGACGCACGUCUUUGUCGUGUUUAAAGCCAGGGUCGACAUGGCCGCGUUUAGGCGCCUGGCCGACUUGGCUGCCACCCACUCGAAACCGUUGCUCUCCCAGCAGGUGUACCUCCACUGA